AUGUCCCCUGCCUCAACCCGAAACGAGCAAGACACCGACUCGGACUCUGACGUCGAGUUCGAAGAUGUCCCGAUCUCCCUCUUGAACCGGUCCAGAAACAGGGAAAACACCGAAAUUCCGAUCACCAUCCACUCAACCCCACCACCACGAUGGACUCCAACUCUAUUACUUCCACAGCAGCGAAGCCACCCUCUCCCUUCUGGCUCCGAGGAAGAAACUCAACUCCGAGGCCAAAUCAGCAACCGAAUCGAAAGAGUCACGUACCGCAAAAUGAAAUCUGACAUUGGUAUGGAUGCACCGAAUACACCUGCUUCAGAACGUAGGUAUGAUGGCUUCAAAGGACUUGCUACAGAUGUGGAGGGUCUUGUUGAUACGCUUUGGGCGUCGGCAACCCCGACGAUCCAAACCGAAGCCCUCAUAACCCUCGCAGGCCUAACCCAAACCUCCCUUGCAGCCUUCCCCUUCGAUGCCCCACCAACCCUAAACAUUCUCCACAAGCUCGACUCCAUCUUCGCAGCACUGUGUACAGGCAUCCACCCACUCACCGGCGCUGUUCUCCCCGGCGCACAGCCGGGCCAGUCUCUCGUGACGGAGACGCAGAAAGUGCGGAUUCGGAGUUUGGCGGAGAGGACUCGAAGUCAACUCUUUUCUUGUUUGGCCAAUUCUAGUAAGAGAGGUAUUGCUGCAACUGUUAAUGCUUAUGGUUAUGGAUCUGGGCAUGUGGAUGUGGAUGACGACGAGGAUAGUGGCGACGAGGUCGAUGAUCCAUGGCUGUUGGAGGCCACGCGGGUUUAUGAGAAGAGUCUUAUGCUACUUGCAGAGCAAGAUCCUGAGGUGGAGGCAGGGGAUGAAUUGAAUUUGUAA